GCUGGCUGGCUUACGCGCGCUUCGCUACAUUAUAUCGCUUGCAAUGAUCGUCCGUGGCGCUGUGACAAAGGUAAUAGCUGCCCUACUGUUUAUCGCUGCUCCCAGCUGCAGUAAGAUUGUCCGAGGGGUGCUCAGGACGUCAGAGAACUGGGCAUUUCUGACAAGGUUCUGCUUUCUGUCGCAACAAGGUCACUUCAUUUACGAAUUCGCGUACCCAGCGGACUACGGCCCACAAAACCUGCUCUUGUAUUAUGACGAAAAGCACCAGUGGCCUGCUGUUUAUAAAAAGCCAAAGAGCUGUCCACAAAAGGAGGCCGUUCUCAGCGCCGCUAACGGCCAAAUAGUGAACUUGACAGACCGCUUCGAAUGGUCCAAGUGCGACAUCAUCAAUGACGUCUACCGGUGCAAAGACAAAAGGCGCUUCAAGUCGGCCCGGGAGCGAUGGUGGUUCAUUGCCAUUAGCAACUGCAAUGCCAGCAAGGGGCUCUAUCUAGAGUACAUGCUGGAGUUGUACAACGACGAUUCAAAUUUCUGGUACAAGCAUUUCUCGGCGGAUGAAUUUUACAUCCUGCACACAGACAUCGGGGCAUUUUUUGUCUAUAUUAUCCUCUUCGUUGCCAGCUGCUACGGUGCAUGUGUACUGUUCUCACGCAGCUACCUGCACACAACGUACAAGAUGUUCAUGGUUUCCGUUCUUUGCCAAUUGCUAAGUCUUCUAUGCUUGGUCACCUACUACGCCAUGUAUGCCGAUGACGGAAUUGGAAUUCCCCAACUGAAACUUCUUGGCAGGAUACUGUCGUCAAGCAGUACGCUAGUGUUCCUCUUGCUGUUGAUUCUGGUUGCGAAAGGCUACACCGUGACCAGAGGCAGACUGAAGCCGAGUACGUCAGCCAAAAUAGGGACUUUCAUGACGCUCUACGUGGUCGUCUACACGGCCCUCUUCAUCUACGAACGUCAGUACUUCGACCCCGGGGAAGUGCUGUAUAUUUACGAGAGCCCAGCCGGCUACGGCAUCGUGGCGCUGCGCCUCGUCGGUUGGGGCUGGUUCGUGUACGCCACUGUGUUCACGCUGCUUCACUACCCGGAAAAGACGGCCUUUUAUACCCGCCUGUUCCUCCUGUACACGGUCUGGUUGCUGUCGGCACCCGUCAUCAUCCUGAUCGCAGCAUUUGUGGUGCCAAAGUGGAUGCGGGAGAAGGUCAUUAAUGUCGUCGAGCUUAUGGUCAUCUUCUUCGCCCAUAUUGUCUUUCUCAUCUUAACAAGACCGUCGAAAGCAAACAAGAAUUUUCCUUUCCACGUGAGGACAACGCAGGUGGACGUGGUACAGCACCCGACCAUCGGUGUCAUCUCCGAGAACUACAUCGACCGGUUCCCGCACCACGCGUACGCGCCCACAGAGUCUCUGGUCGCCGAGCCGCCAGCCGGUUCAAUCGCCGCAGUGACUGCUGUCGACUAUGCGACACUCUUCGGCGGUGCAUCCAGGCACGAGCACGAGAACAACAACUGGCAGCAGUUGAAAAACUAUCCGAAUCAACUCAGUGUGACUCAUAUGCUCGACCACUUGAAUGGACAUGCAGGCGGAAGCAUGCCUCCCGUUAGAACAUCUUAGGAUUCGUCGCUCACCCACUCUUUCUUCUUUGCUCUUUUGCUUUCUUGUCCGCUCAACCGUCUGUGCUCAACUCUAAAGGCAAGGCCUUCACCGACUCGUGUUGCACAUCACGCAGAAGAGGAUUCCCAAGAAUCGCCAACGGCGCCAAGCGAGGACACCCCUGGAACAACUCAAGCCGUGCGGGAGCAUUUAAUAUGAACCGAUGACGCUGUUCAGUAUUAAAAUUGUUUCUACCAG